UCUCAAAAAAAAAAAAAAAAAAAAAAAAAAAGAUUAAAAAAAGAAAAGAACCCUUUUCUCAGCCCCCCUCGCGUAUUCGUCCACACCGCCAUCUCUGUUGUUUUCCUCGACGAAUUCCUUCGCAGUUUCGAUCCGACAGCAGCCCUGCUGAUAUUGAUGCUGGUGUUGAGGGGUCGGGAUGAGGAGUUUGCCCUGGUGAAAUUCUGGGAUUUAAGUUCUUCAUAGUGGGAUGAGAGAUUGAGGCUUUGACAAGAAAGUUUCUAUCUGGUUGGUGGUUUUGGAACUUUUAUGCGUGCAGAGGAUUCUGAUUACCGCCUUGCACGGAAUGCGUGAUCCGAGGAGAAAUUUGCGCUUGCAGAAGGAGCUUUAAAUUGGAUGCAGGGUUCCGUGUUUUUUCGUUUUCCGUCACAGGGCGGGGCUUCAUUGUGAUGGGAUAUGCUUUAUUGUGCUAUUGGUUUCCAUGAAGUCUAGCUCCGGAGAGAGGCAUUGGGGUGGAACCUGGGUUUUUCUUUUGUUGGCUGCAGAUUCUAUUGAAGGGGUGAUUUUGGAAGUGAAGGGAGACAAUAGUGAGCUAGCUUCAUCAGGCAAUCAUGUUUUCUUCUGGAGUGGAUGCUUCACAGGAUUUAAGUGGUACUGUAGGUGCUGUGCUAAUUCCUACGCGGUUCGUAUGGCCACAUGGGGGAAGAAGAGUAUUCUUGACUGGCUCCUUUACAAGGUGGUCUGACCAUUUACCUAUGUCCCCAAUGGAGGAUUGCCCUACUGCAUUUCAGGCUAUUUGUAACUUGACACCAGGAUUGCAUCAGUAUAAAUUUUUUGUUGAUGGUGAGUGGCGUCAUGAUGAGAACCAACGUUAUGUGUCCGGCAAUUAUGGUAUAGUGAACACCUUAUUCCUAACUGGGGAGCCUGAUCCUAUUCCUUCAAUUGUGAGCCUUGCGACUCCUGGUAGCAGAGAUAACAUGGACGUGGAUAAUGAAACUUUUCGGCGUAUGGUCACCGUUUCGGGUGGUUCAGUACAUGAAACAGCUCUUAGACUCUCAGAGGCUGACAUAGAGCUGUCCCGUCAUCAAAUUUCUAUUUUCUUGUCCACAAGUACUUCUUAUGAUUUGCUUCCAGAUUCGGGCAAGGUCAUUGCACUGGAUGUCAAUUUACCUGUGAAACAAGCUUUCCAUAUCCUUUAUGAACAGGGAAUUCCUGUAGCUCCUUUGUGGGACUUCUACAAGGGGCAGUUUGUGGGGAUGCUGAGUCCAUUGGAUUUUAUUCUUAUACUAAGGGAGCUGGGAAGCCAUGGUUCUAAUCUCACCGAGGAGGAGCUUGAGACGCACACAAUAUCAGCAUGGAAACUGGGAAAGAGACAACGUUAUGGUCAACUUGAUGUUCAUGGAAGACCAAUCGAAAGUCAUUUAGUUCAUGCUGGUCCAUAUGAUACAUUAAAGGAUGUAGCCAUAAAGAUACUCCGGAAUGAGGUGGCUACAGUUCCCAUUAUCCAUUCUUCUUCGCCCGAUGGAUUAUUCCCUCAAUUAUUGCAUCUUGCUUCUCUUUCAGGAAUUCUUAGAUGUAUCUGUAGACAUUUUAGACACUCUUCUAGUUCUUUGCCUAUACUACAGCAACCAAUAUGCAACAUACCCUUGGGUUCUUGGGUUCCAAAUGUUGGGGAAGCAAAUAGACGUCCAAUAGCAAUGCUUAGACCCAAUGCAUCACUUGGUUCUGCUUUAUCUAUGCUAGUACAAGCUCGUGUCAGUUCCAUUCCAAUAGUUGAUGAUAAUGACUCUUUGCUGGAUACAUAUUCGAGAAGUGACAUCACAGCUCUAGCCAAAGAUAGAGCUUAUGCACAGAUGCACCUCGAUGAAAUGACCAUCCAUCAGGCAGUGCAGCUUGGUCAGGAGGUAAAUCAUCCUCAUGGAUUCUCCAGCGGGCAGAGAUGCCAAAUGUGCCUACGCUCUGAUUCUUUGCUGAAGGUAAUGGAACGGCUGUCCAGUCCCGGUGCGAGGCGGGUCAUCAUUGUUGAAGCUGGAAGCAAGCGUGUUGAAGGAAUUAUUUCUCUAAGUGAUUUAUUCAAGUUCUUGCUUGGUUAGCUCAAGCUUAUUUUGGAAGUGAAAACAGGGGGAGAUAUUAUUUAUUUUACUUUUAUUUUAUUAUUUAUUUUUAAUUUUGUGAUGUAAGCAAAAAAAAAAAAACUUCUGCUUGCAAAAGUUGCUCUUCUUUGAUCUUCACGUCCUUAAGAAAGGCUAAUAGAGCAUUUGUGACAAAUUAUUUAUGUUGCAGGCGUCAAUGGUUAGAGCCUGCUGGCUUUUCUUUUU